CCUCCAUCACGGCCCCACACUCGCGAUCCUGCCCGGCACCGAAAGGGACGUGAUUGGCGGCGGUGCGGAGGAGGAGGAAAGACGGCGACGCACACAAGAACAGGCGCUCCAUUGGUUGCAUCUGCAUGGUACCAACAGGGAGGCUGAGGAAUUGCCAUCCUGAUGUAGUAUUUCUCUGAAUAGACGGCCAGGAUCCCGCUGUCCCCUCCUCCCUUUACCUGGAUAUUGUACGUUGGCGAAGAUGGGCUUCAAGACUAGAGUGAAGUAUGUCAGUCAUGUUUGGAUUCUAACGCUUGGCAGAGGAGUAUGAUUCACAGACAGGUGGUGUUAUCCCAGGUCCCCCCCGCAGUGGAGCGGUCUCUCCAUUCGGUGUAGCCCCAAGUAGCUCAGCGGCUUUCUGUGGGACAGCGGGCAGCAUGUAACCCACCCCCGGCCGGUUCACACACCUUCCUAUGCAAGAACUUGUACCAGAACCGCUUCCUCGGGCUGGCGGCCAUGGCCUCCCCCUCGCGGAGCUCCCACGGUCGCCGUCGCUGCAAGGACCCGGCGCGGCACAGCUACAAUCCCGAGCAGUUCCAGCAGAUGGCGCUGCCGGACGGCGGCCCUGAGGCGACCCCCGCACAGCGAUCCACCAGCGACACGGACUUACUCACCUGCCACAGCCGCUCCACACUGGCCGUCAGCAGCUCCUUCUACGCCAUCGGCCAGUCGCAGGACAUCGUGCUCUCGUGGGACAUCAAGGAGGAGGUAGAUGCCGGGGACUGGAUCGGCAUGUACCUCAUCGACGAGGUCCUGUCCGAGAACUUCCUUGACUACAAGAACCGCGGUGUGAACGGCUCCCACAAGGGCCAGAUCGUGUGGAAGAUCGAAGCCAGCUCAUACUUUGUGGAGUCCGAGACAAAGGUCUGCUUCAAGUACUACCACGGCCUGAGUGGGGCACUGCGAGCGACCACGUCCUGCGUGACUGUGAAGAACCCGUCCGCACCGGUGUUCAAGCCCAUCGUCGGUGAGGACGUUACGCAGACCCAGGGCAGCCGCCGCCUGAUCAGCUUCUCCCUGUCCGACUUCCAGGCGGUUGGGCUGAAGAAGGGCAUGUUCUUUAACCCGGACCCGUACCUAAAGAUCGCCAUCCACCCGGGCAAGCACAGCAUCUUCCCCGCCCUGCCCCACCACGGCCAAGAGAAGCGCUCCAGCAUCGUCUGCAACACCAUCAACCCUGUGUGGCAGAGGGAACGCUUCAGCUUCGUGUCCCUGCCCACAGACGUGUUGGAGAUCGAGGUGAAGGACAAGUUCGCCAAGAGCCGGCCCAUCAUCAAGCGCUUCCUGGGCAGGCUGUCCAUGCCGGUGCAGAGGCUGCUGGAGAAGCACGCCAUCGGAGACCGCGUCGUCAGCUACACCCUGGGCCGCAGGAUGCCGACGGAGCACGUCAGCGGCCAGCUGCAGUUCCGCUUUGAGAUCACGUCCUCCAUCCAUCCAGAUGAUGAGGACACAUCCCUGAGUAUGGAAGCAGACUGCGCACCCUCCACUGCGGCAGCUGGACAGCAGGGGGCAGCAGCGAUGCAGCUGGUCCAGGAACCUCAGGACCAGGAUACCGUGAGCUUGGGGCCCGAGGCCCCAGAGCUGCCUGCAGACGGGACCCCUGUAGGGGGCGAGGCUGUCAACUUGGCGACCGGUGCCCCCCCCGAAGUACAAACUUCUGGUGAUCACCCGGAGCCCGGGGAGGCACCAGGGAGGGUGGCUGAUGGGGUUGGUGCCCCCCCCACAGAGGACCCACCUGAGAGCAGUGAGGCAAACAGCCAAGUCCCUGCUGAUCAUCUGGGGGCCGCUUCUAAAGAGGAAGGGGCCAGGGGACCUGCUGACAUCCCCCCAGACAGUUCCCGGGACAUGGCGGACGGGGAAAUGGUGGCAGAACUCCCCCCGCAGGCUGAGGAGGGGGACGGGGAGGGAGCUGGCGCCCUGCCCUGCAUGAGGAGCGCCCCCCGGCGCAGGGGCAGACCGUGUUCGCUGCCGGUGUCCGAGCUGGAGACAGUGAUCGCGUCAGCCUGCAGCGAGCCGGAGACGCCCAGGAGCCACUACAUCCGCAUCCACCACCUCCUGCACAGCCUGCCCUCUGCCCAGAGUGACGACAAGGCCUCCCCCGAGCCGGGCAUCCCAGAGCCCCCGCUGGGGGAGGGGGCGUGGCCCGGGGAUGGGGCUGGGCCUGAGGAUGGGGGGGGGGCUGGGGAGGAGGCAGGAGCAGAGGACGGGGCAGAGCCAGAGUAUGGGGCAGAGCCAGAGGAUAGUGCGCCCGAUUCGGAGCCCCAGGAGGCGGCUCUGGACGGUGCAGAGGCCAUGGACGACUCGGAGGCCACUGACACCCUGCAGCCCUGCCCCAGGAGGACGCUGCCCCGCAGCCUGUCCAUCGAGCACCUCUCCGACCUGAACCAGCUGCUGGAGAGAGCGGGGCCGUGCCAUGGCAGCGAGGGCGGGGCGGGAGGCCCCAGGGGCCUGGGGGAUGAGUGCGACCUGUGUGACGCCUCCUGCUAUAGCACCUCCUGUUACAGCACCUCCUGCUACAGCACCUCCUGCUACAGCAACUCGGGCUACGAGGGCCGGAGGCAGCUCUGCAGCCACACGCGCUUCUCUUCAGUGGACAGCGCCCACCUGUCGGGCAGCACCGUCUUCUCCUCGCAGGAGGAGGAAGAGGAGGAGGAGGAAGAGGAGGAGAACAGUGCCUUCGAGUCAGCAGCAGACUCCACUCUAAGUCCCGUGACACGGGAGUCCGACGACGGCCCGGCGCAGUGGCAGGGGGAGGGCUCGCAGAGCACCAGCGGGAGCAGGGUGUUGCCGGAGGCGGGGCCCAGUGGGCGGGGCCGAGGCGAUUCGCCAUGCAGUCACCCGCCAGUCCGCCAGCUCCCAGCUUUGCGACCCGACCCCCAUCAUUACCCGACUAUAGACGAGCCAUUGCCACCAAACUGGGAGGCGCGCAUCGACAGCCACGGCCGCGUGUUUUACGUGGACCAUGUGAACCGCACCACCACCUGGCAGAGGCCCACGGCGGCCGCCACGGCCGAGGGUCUGCACCGCUCCGGCUCCAUGCAGCAGAUGGAGCAGCUGAACCGCAGGUACCAGAACAUCCAGAGGACCAUCGCCACGGACAGGACUGAGGAGGAGGCAGGAAGCCGGCGGGGAGAGCGUGCAGGCCUCGAGACUGAAGGCUCAGCGCCGAGCGGCGAGUUGAGAAGAGACAGUCCUUCGUCCCCCAUUAACAGCCAGAAGAUCACAAUGCUGCUGCAGUGUCCUGCCGUCAAGUUCAUCAGCCACCCGGAGUUCUUCACUGUCCUCCACGCCAACUAUGGAAGGUGGGGAGUGGGAGUCCCCUCCCAGGGAAGGUGCGUCUGCUUUGUGGUCCUGCAGCCUGCAUCACGGGAGCCUCGCCGGUCACAUGGGUGCCAGCUCUCCAACCCUCGUCUCUCCUCUUUUUAUCUCUAGUCGUUCUUCGUGGACCAUAACAGCCGUGCGACAACCUUCAUAGACCCUCGUAUCCCGCUGCAGAACGGCCGUCUGCCCAACCACCUGACGCACAGGCAGCACCUGCAGCGACUGCGCAGCUACAGCGCAGGGGAGGCAUCAGAGGUGUCCCGGAGCCGCGGCGCCUCCCUACUGGCCAGGCCUGGUAACAGCCUUGUGGCAGCCAUACGGACCCAGCACCAGCAGGACUCCGCUGUUCCUCUCGCCUACAACGACAAGAUCGUGGCAUUUCUGCGGCAGCCCAACAUCCUGGAGAUGCUCCAAGAGCGGCAGACCAGUCUGGCCAGGAACCACACACUGAGGGAGAAGAUCCACUACAUCAGAACAGAAGGCACGCAUGGCCUGGAGAAGCUGUCCUGUGACGCAGACCUGGUCAUACUGCUGAGCCUGUUUGAGGAGGAGAUCAUGUCCUACAUUCCACUACACCCCUUUCACCCCGGGUUUGGCUUUUCACCACGAUGCUCGCCGGGUUCUUCACCGCAAAACUCCCCAGGGCUGCAGAGGGCCAGGGCUCCGGCUCCCUACCGCAGAGACUUUGAGGCCAAGCUCCGGAACUUCUACAGGAAGCUGGAGGCCAAGGGUUAUGGCCAGGGGCCUGGGAAAAUCAAGCUUAUCAUCAGACGAGAUCACUUACUGGAGGGCACCUUCAACCAGGUGAUGGCCUACUCUCGUAAGGAGCUCCAGAGGAACAAGCUCUACAUCACAUUUGUUGGAGAGGAAGGUCUCGACUACAGCGGUCCAUCACGGGAGUUCUUCUUCCUGCUGUCCCAGGAGCUGUUCAACCCUUACUAUGGCCUGUUUGAGUACUCUGCCAAUGACACGUACACGGUCCAGAUCAGCCCCAUGUCGGCCUUCGUGGAGAACCAUCUGGAAUGGUUCCGCUUCAGUGGCCGCAUUCUGGGCCUGGCGCUGAUCCAUCAGUAUCUGCUGGAUGCCUUCUUCACCCGCCCCUUCUACAAAUCCCUGCUCAGACUAUCAACAGAUCUAAGUGACCUAGAGUAUCUGGAUGAGGAGUUCCACCAGAGUUUACACUGGAUGAAGGACAACGACAUCACAGACAUUCUGGACCUGACCUUCACUGUGAAUGAGGAGGUCUUUGGUCAGGUUACAGAGCGGGAGCUGAAAUCAGGCGGCGCCAACCUGCAAGUGACCGAGAAGAAUAAGAAGGAGUACAUCGAGCGCAUGGUGAAGUGGCGGGUGGAGCGGGGCGUGGUGCAGCAGACCGAGGCUCUCGUCCGGGGCUUCUACGAGGUGGUGGACUCCCGCCUGGUGUCUGUGUUUGAUGCCAGAGAGCUGGAGCUGGUCAUUGCUGGGACGGCGGAGAUUGACCUCAAUGACUGGAGGAACAACACAGAGUACAGAGGAGGAUACCACGACGGACACAUCGUGGUGCGCUGGUUCUGGGGUGCGGUUGAGCGCUUCAACAAUGAGCAGCGGCUGCGGCUGCUGCAGUUUGUGACAGGCACGUCCAGCGUGCCGUAUGAGGGCUUCGGCGCUCUCCGUGGCAGCAACGGCCUGCGGCGCUUCUGCAUCGAGAAGUGGGGCAAGAUUACCUCCCUGCCCAGGGCCCACACCUGUUUUAACCGGCUGGACCUGCCGCCCUACCCAUCGUGCACCAUGCUGUACGAGAAGCUGCUGAUCGCCGUGGAGGAGACCAGCACCUUCGGCCUGGAGUGAGGCAGGUCGCGGAGCCUGCAGCCUGGAGCGAGGCAGGACAUGGAGCCUGCAGUCUGGAGCGAGGCAGGCCGUGGAGCUUGCAGCCUGGAGUGAGGCAGGCCGCAUAGCCUGCAGUGAGGCAGGCCACAUAGCCUGCAGUGAGGCAGGCCGCAUAGCCUGCAGCCUGCAGUGAGGCAGGCCACGGAGCCUGCAGCUGUGGAGCCUGCAGCCUGAAGCCGGCAGGCAGACUUGGCUCUUUUCUGAUGAAUCGGGCUUUCAGCAGACAGAAUUGCAAUUUCUUGAUUUUUUCCAGUUUCUAUUUUUUUUUACCGUCUGUGCACAUGCAUGUGUGACUCCCUGGCUGUGAUGUCCUCUCGCGGGGGCUUACACAAACCCAGAAGUAUGCAAUAGCUGACAACCUACAGCACUCAACGCCUUCGCCUCCGUCCCUCUGACUCACGUUGCGCCUAAUUACCCAUAAUGCCUUGGGUCCGCCCCCCCCGCAUCCCCCGGAGCAAGGCUGCCACUAUGCACCGAGACAUGGUUCACCUGUGCCCACAACAUUGUUUCAUGUCAGUACAGGAAGUUGGAAGGCAUCUCCCAGAAUCCCGUUCAGCAUCCCACAUGACCUUGAAUGCCAGCUAGCAAACAGUGGAUACGAGCCAAACCAAGGCUGUUUUUGCAUUUAUGUUAGAGAAACAGUUUCAGGCUUGAUUUAUCUUGGAGUUGGAGGUGGGGGGUAAGCGACGCGGCCAGGCCAGAGGGACCAUGGGGGUUUAUACGUACAGAAAGGCAGUGACCACCACGGCAAACCAUCCCUGUUUGGAGAGCUGGAGGUGUGGCCUGUAAGGGGGGGGUAAGCGAGGCGGCCAGGCCAGAGGGACCAUGGGGGUUUAUACAUACAGAAAGGCAGUGACCACCACGGCAAACCAUCCCUGUUUGGAGAGCUGGAGGUGUGGCCUGUAAGGGGGGGGUAAACGAGGCGGCCAGGCCAGAGGGACCAUGGGGGUUUAUACAUACAGAAAGGCAGUGACCACCACGGCAAACCUUCCCUGUUUGGAGAGCUGGAGGUGUGGCCUGUAAUGGGGGGGUAAGCGAGGCGGCCAGCCAGAGGGACCAUGGGGGUUUAUACAUACAGAAAGGCAGUGACCACCACGGCAAACCUUCUCGUGCGUCCUGCAGUUUCAUCCCUUCAUGAUGCACAUUGGCAUGAAUGUUCUGUCUGUCUGCAGUGACCCAUCAUUGUCCUCCUAUAAAGGAGCUGGAUUUAGCGGGGCUGCAUUAAGGAGGCAGUGGAUGAUCUGAUUGUGAAGACGUCCUUCAGAUGAAAUGACAUGCUUCUCAAACAGCAUUUUUUUCCACUAAUGCCUAAGAACCGUUAGUAAUGUUUUACCGGGAAAUUCAGCCGGGAAACAUUUAUGUAUUUAUGUAAUUCAACACUCUUAUGAAAAGUUUAAUUAAUUUAAAGAUUUUUUUGUUGGUGUGUGUAAAGCAUUAUGUGGGGGGGGUUCUCUUCUUUUGGUUCUGUUCGAUGGCAGGAUCUGCAGAGUCCCUUAAUGGAUGGAUGGAUGGAACACUUUACACCCGUCCCUCAGCCCAGCCCCGGGGCCCUGUGCCCACAGAGGGUGCCCUGUGCACUUGGGCUGGUUCCCCCAGCAGAUCUCUCUCUGUGCCCUUCAGAGCCUUUGUCACGUUAUUUAGACUGGAUCAGAUUAUCAGCUGUAUUGAUCCCAGGGGGACGUUCUUGUGCAUAAAGCAGCAGGAUCCACACAGCACAGGCAGACCAUUCACUUAGUGCUACACAGACAUGGUGCAGUGAUGGUGCAGUGAUGGUGCAGAGUCACCUUCCACCAAAGUCGGCAUCAGGGGCUCGUUUCGCCUUUUACUCGACGUUGGGGCCACAUGGUUCUUCUUCCCAACCUUCUGCCUGCCCUUUACCCUUCAUUUUACACCUGAACCCAAACAAAAUGUGAUUUACACCGUCUGUUUUAACGGAAGAUUAUAGCCAUGACAGUUUUGCAUGCCGUGUUCCAGAUGUGAAAACUGAUAUUGCCAUGUCUCUAAUGUAGCUGCCCAAGAACAGAGACUUAGGGGUGUUCAAGGAAUCGUUACAGGUGUGAAUCCAUAAGCCUUUCGCUAUAUUUAUCUCCUAAUGUAUGUUUAUGAAGGAGCUGUUAAUCUUGGCUCAGUUUGCCGUUGGUCAUCAAUAAUGUUCACAAUGAAAAGUUCACUGGAAGGUGACAGUCAUCUAAUUUUAUUAAAAUACAUUUAUAGCUGAUAGGAAUCAUGUAAAAAGGCUAAUAUGCAAUAUGCAUUUGUAAUUACAAUUGUAUUUAUUAAUUUGUUUUAUGCUUGAUUUAUAUUUAAAGUAUUUAUUUAUUUGUAUAUUAAUUUGUAACUGAUAUGUAAAGUGGAUCCAUGCAAAUUAAAAUCCACAGAGAUAAAAAUUUAAGAAUCUGAAUGGCUGUUGCUGGAUGGGUUGUGCUGGCUUUGAAACAGUCAUAUAAGUGGUUGAUCACUAUAACCAUGAUCACUGUAUAAGCGGGUGAUCACUAUAACCGUGACCACUGUAUAAGCGGUUGAUCACUAUAACCGUGAUCACUAUAUAAGGGAUUGAUUACUAUAACCGUGAUCACUGUAUAAGCUGAUGAUCACUAUAAACGUGAUCACUGUAUGAGCGGUUUCCACUGUCGUUAAUACAUUAACAAAAGCAUAAAGAGCUCCCCUUUUAAAUAAUAUUACUGCCAUUAGUGUUCAUAAGUUCACACUUAACCAGAAUUAGCUUUAUGAAAGAUAUUUUUCCCAGUACCGAGUCCUCGCUUUGUUUGUAAGCUCUUCUUGAUAUGGGCAUUUCUCUCGGCCACGUUCUUUCAGCAUACUUUCUAUGCAUAUUAAUUAUCACUGACAAAAAAUAAAAUAAAAUAAAUGAGAACUACGGGAUUACUGGUACAUCAGUCA